AUGACGCCGCUGUCUGCCAAGAUCAGCCCAUACAGUGAGGACUGGGAGUCGCCAACAGAAUACUUCGGGGUUGUUAAGGACAGUAAGUACACGGUGAUUGGGGUCACUCUGAGCACUGAACGGAGGGUCUCCAAGAGGGAGUGGGGGGCGCUGCAAUGUGAAAGGGCGCCAGCACCAAAGAGUGCACUGUUGAAGUCAGCAGCUCGAACAGGGGACAUCAUUCUUGUCGGUGGGGAGGGAGUGGAAGCCGCCGCGCACUCCGCUGUUUUGGUCGACGUGCCCUACUUCGAAGCGAAACUGAGGGAAGAGUGGUCGGGGACCACCGGGUGGAAUCUGCACAACAAGCUGCGCCUGCGCUUGCCGUGCGCCGUCGACCAGAAAACCCUCAAGCUCUUCCUGCGGUGCAUAUACGGGGACGUCAAGCCGCUGUACAAGGUCGAGCCGACCAGCCUUUUGCUCCAGGAGGUGCUUGCGCUCGCGGACGCCUGCAACAUACCCGACGUGUGCGCUGACGUAAUCCGCGUGGUGGAGGUGACGUCAGAGAACGUCAACUCGUGGCUAGAGUGGCUGCUGAAGGAGCACGGGGCGGACGCCGAGCCCAUUCAGCAGCAGGUGGUAAAGGUCAUGCGAGACCAGUUACAAAGCGCAUUGGAACGGCAGAAGCUCACGGUAGAGCAGCUUGCCGCUAUGUCGAGGUUCUUGGCCGGAAGUGACUCCUUACAAGUUGCUCCAUAG